AUGUGCAGUGGUUAUUAUUAUUCACCAAAAUAUGAAGAUGAUAAAUUUGAAUAUAGACAUGUUCAUAUACCAAAAAACUUAGCAAGACGAGUUCCUACGACACGUUUAAUGACAGAAUCAGAAUGGAUUAGUCUAGGUAUAAAGCAAUCAUCAGGAUGGGUACAUUAUAUGAUUCAUGAUCCAGAACGUCAUGUUUUACUUUUUCGAAGAGCUAAAUCAUUGUCAUCAUCUAAUGGUAAUGUUGAAAAUCAAAACAGGCCUGGAAAUAGCACAGUUGGUAUUCGUGGUUAG